AGGGGCUUGAUGGGUUUCUGUCAGUCUUCCUAGACCAGAGCUAUAACAACAAGGCACUUAGUCCUUUCAGCAGCCUCGGUUCUCGCGAGACUUGCUACUCUGCUCCCCCCGCCCCCCACCUUGCGCCUGCGCACAUCUCUUCAAGCCAGAAGGUCGCGCUUGGAGGAAGUGUCGGCUUCAGGUCCCGUGGCCGUAGCGCCGUUACUACUUCUGUGAAGCUCCUCUCGGCCGCUUGCCGAGACACCCCGCAGCCAAGAUGCCUCGAAUUAUGAUCAAGGGGGGUGUGUGGAGGAAUACCGAGGAUGAAAUUCUGAAAGCAGCAGUAAUGAAAUAUGGAAAAAACCAGUGGUCUAGGAUUGCCUCACUGCUGCAUAGAAAAUCAGCAAAGCAGUGCAAAGCCAGAUGGUAUGAGUGGCUAGAUCCAAGCAUUAAGAAAACAGAAUGGUCCCGAGAAGAAGAGGAAAAACUAUUGCACUUGGCCAAGUUGAUGCCAACUCAGUGGAGGACCAUUGCGCCAAUCAUUGGAAGAACAGCUGCCCAGUGCUUGGAACACUAUGAAUUUCUUUUGGAUAAAGCUGCACAAAGAGACAAUGAAGAGGAAACGACAGAUGAUCCACGAAAACUUAAACCUGGGGAAAUAGAUCCAAAUCCAGAAACAAAACCAGCACGGCCUGAUCCGAUUGAUAUGGAUGAGGAUGAACUUGAGAUGCUUUCUGAAGCUAGAGCCCGCUUGGCAAAUACUCAGGGAAAGAAAGCCAAGAGGAAAGCAAGAGAGAAACAGUUGGAAGAAGCAAGGCGUCUUGCAGCCCUCCAGAAGAGAAGAGAACUUAGAGCAGCUGGCAUAGAAAUUCAGAAGAAGAGAAAAAAGAAGAGAGGAGUUGAUUAUAAUGCUGAAAUCCCAUUUGAAAAAAAGCCUGCUCUUGGUUUCUAUGAUACUUCUGAGGAAAACUACCAGGCUCUUGAUGCAGAUUUCAGAAAAUUAAGACAACAAGAUCUUGAUGGGGAACUAAGAUCGGAAAAAGAAGGAAGAGACAGAAAAAAAGACAAGCAGCAUUUAAAAAGGAAAAAAGAAUCUGAUUUACCAUCAGCUAUUCUUCAGACUAGUGGUGUUUCUGAAUUUACUAAAAAAAGAAGCAAACUAGUACUCCCUGCCCCUCAGAUUUCAGAUGCAGAACUCCAGGAGGUUGUAAAAGUAGGCCAAGCAAGUGAAAUCGCACGUCAGACCGCUGAGGAAUCUGGCAUAACAAACUCUGCCUCCAGUACGCUUUUGUCUGAGUACAAUGUCACCAACAACAGCAUCGCUCUUAGAACACCUCGUACACCGGCUUCCCAGGACAGAAUUCUGCAGGAAGCUCAGAACCUCAUGGCCCUGACUAAUGUGGACACCCCAUUGAAAGGUGGACUUAAUACCCCUUUGCAUGAGAGCGACUUCUCAGGUGUGACUCCACAGCGGCAGGUUGUACAGACUCCAAACACAGUUCUUUCUACCCCAUUCAGGACUCCUUCUCAUGGAUCUGAAGGGUUGACUCCCCGCAGUGGGACAACUCCCAAACCAGUUAUUAACUCCACCCCGGGUAGAACUCCUCUUCGAGACAAGUUAAACAUUAAUCCCGAGGAUGGAAUGGCAGACUACAGUGAUCCCUCUUAUGUGAAGCAGAUGGAAAGAGAAUCUCGUGAGCAUCUCCGUUUAGGAUUGUUGGGCCUCCCUGCCCCUAAGAAUGACUUUGAGAUUGUUCUGCCAGAAAAUGCUGAGAAGGAGCUGGAAGACCGUGAAAUAGAUGAUACUUACAUUGAAGAUGCUGCUGAUGUGGAUGCACGAAAGCAGGCUAUACGAGAGGCAGAGCGUGUAAAGGAAAUGAAGCGAAUGCACAAAGCUGUCCAGAAAGAUCUGCCAAGACCAUCAGAAGUAAAUGAAACUAUUCUAAGACCCUUAAAUGUAGAACCACCUCUAACAGAUUUACAAAAAAGUGAAGAACUAAUCAAAAAAGAAAUGAUCACAAUGCUUCAUUAUGACCUUCUACAUCACCCUUAUGAACCAUCUGGAAAUAAAAAAGGAAAAACUGUAGGAUUUGGUACUAAUAAUUCAGAGCACAUUGCCUAUCUGGAACAUAACCCUUACGAAAAGUUCUCCAAAGAAGAGCUGAAAAAGGCCCAGGAUGUUUUGGUACAGGAGAUGGAAGUGGUGAAACAAGGUAUGAGCCACGGAGAACUCUCAAGUGAAGCUUAUAACCAGGUGUGGGAAGAAUGCUACAGUCAAGUUUUGUAUCUUCCUGGGCAGAGCCGCUACACACGGGCCAACUUAGCUAGCAAAAAGGACAGAAUCGAGUCACUUGAAAAGAGGCUUGAGAUAAACAGGGGUCACAUGACAACGGAAGCCAAGAGAGCUGCAAAGAUGGAAAAGAAGAUGAAAAUUUUGCUUGGGGGCUACCAGUCUCGUGCUAUGGGGCUUAUGAAACAGUUGAAUGACUUAUGGGACCAAAUCGAGCAGGCUUACUUGGAGUUACGCACUUUUGAAGAACUCAAGAAACACGAAGAUUCUGCUAUUCCCCGGAGGCUAGAGUGUCUAAAAGAAGAUGUUCAGCGACAACAGGAAAGAGAAAAAGAACUUCAGCAUAGAUAUGCUGAUCUGCUGCUGGAGAAAGAGACUUUAAAGUCCAAAUUCUGAAGCAUAGUUUAUACUCUGUCACAGGAUGAAUUAAUUGCUGUUUUUCAUACUCUGGAAGGCUGAAACUGAUGAUUAUCUUCAUUGACAAAUUUGCCCACGAUCUGUGGUUUUUCAGUUGUUUACUUUAAAUGAUAUUGAUCUUACAUAGUCUAUGUAUAAAGACUUUAACUCCACAAAAUGUUUUAGGGUUUAAAUUAUUAAGAUGAUCAUUCUUUUAGCAGUGUCAUAUUUGCAAAAAUUUUUUUAGUUUUGGCCUUUAAUUUUAAAAGCCUGGUUUUAAAGUGCUGCCUGUGAGUAAACUCUUGAAUAAAAACAAAAUAAAAAAAUUGUGAGUGUAGCCUUUUGUUUGAAGUAAUUAGAUACUUAGAGUGCCCACAAACCAGCAAGCAUGUACUCUGUGUCAUAUUCAAUGAGUAACUCUUGGGUAAUCAGAAUGGUGAUCCGGUAUCUUAAUUCCUUCAGAGGCAGUCCUUUUGUGGCCUCGCUAGUUUUAGCACAGGGCACUCAUUUCUCUAUACACUGACAAGAUGGAUUAACAUUUUAAUACCUCAGGGUUUGUUUUUUUGUUUUUUGGAUUUUUUUCAAGUAUAAUUUUAAGAAGUUCUCUUCUUUGCCCAGCUACUCACACAGUUUAUGGAUUAGGACUCAAAAGAUUUCAUUUUUAUUGACCUGUUAGGUUCUUUUAAAUGUCUUUUCUGCAAAGGUGUGUUGAAGAUUAAUUUCAGUAAGGCUAUCACACUUUAUUAAAGCUUUGUGUUUAUCCUAAGUUAAUUACACAAGUGUAGAAUUUUGGGAAUUGGUAGAAGUGGGAAGACCAGACUUUAUAAUUCACAUGAAAUCGUUUGGGAUAGUUAUUAGUUGGCUACAAGUUCAUUAUAGACCAACAGUAUGUUGGACAUACCAGGAAUAUUUCCCCAUCUUAAUCCUAGGGAUUAAAAGGAGGGAAGGAGGGAUUUAUUCAGUUAUCAGGUAAUUUAUUAACCGCCCAGUGUCAGAGUCAUGGAGAUAGAACAAUGAGUAAAGUAGGUAUGACUCCUAGUUUGUGGAGCUUACAGUCCAUUGGGAAUGAUGAUAGGCGACUAAAAUUCAGAUGUUUUUUGAGUGACUCUUCUUAAGUGCCAGACACUUACUUAAGUGCUGGAGAUAAAGAGUUAAGACAAACUUCUUGCUCUCAUGAAGGUGACAUUAGUGGGAGGAGAUACUCAACAUACAGGGAAAAGUAUCAGA